AAGAAUGACACUUAUGGAUGGAAAAGAUUAAGCGUGUAUGCGAAGAACUGUCAACGAGGAUUCCCGCGUGGCGGUACAACGAGGGAAAACCUAACCGCAGAGUGACCGCAUUGAAAGCGCGGAGUGUGCUGUUCGGACUUCUCCGGAGAAACGAAUUCCGUCUGAUCCGAAUCGAUCAAAGGGAGAUCGGGAAUUCAGUUCAGGAGGAAGGAAAGUCGACUCAGGCACAGAGUCGAACUCCAAGCAACGUGGCACCACGGAAUACCCCUGUCGGAAGGCCAGCAAAGGAACGGCCGGAAGGAAGAAAAGCCACAGGCAACUUCAGUCGGAAGACCACCAGAACGGGCGGAAGGAAGCAAAAGUUAGAAUAAGGGUCGCUUUGCGUAAGUUCCCGGCAGUUAUUCAAGGGGCGAGGAGGACUAAUCCUUUGAAUUCCCUACAGGGCCCUUUUUUCUUCCGCUAUCUGUGCUGGCACCAUCAGCACCACAGGCCUUUUAUCGACAAGUGCGACGACCGACAGUACCAGCUACGGCCAGCGAGACGCGACGGAGUCGCGUGAGCCAUACGGUGUCGGGAGGGCGCUAGCAGCGCAACAGGUGCUCCGAAAAGGAGUGUGGCAACCGGCAGUAUCGGCGAGAGACGCGACAGGGUCGCGAGAGGCAAAAUAUCGCCCAGCAGAGGCUCCAUCGGCACGGCAGGUGCUCUAAAAACAGGCGUGGUGAUCGGCACCCCCGGCUACGCUCAACGAGAGACGCGACAGGGUCGCGGGAGGCUAAAUAUCGUCCGGCAGAGGCGCCAUCGGCACGGCAGGUGCUCUAAGAACGAGCGUGGUGACCGGCAGCACCG